AUUGGAAACAAUGAAACAAUAAAUAAUAUAUAGCAAAAUCCAUCUAUCAAGUAUCAAUUAAUUUCAUCAGUCUCUUUCCUUGUUUAGUUUAAAGUUUAGUAAAAAAUAUUCAUUUCAGGUUUUGUUUUGGAUUGAAAGAUAUCACAUUCUACCAUUCAAAUCAAAGGUUUUAUUGGGAAGAAGCUGGGAGGAUUCAAUCAGAAAGUCCAUCGAGACGAGCAAAGAUAAGAAGAUAAAUCACAAAAAAGGUUUUUGGAAAUCUUCUGCUUCACCAAUUUUUAUUUAAAAGAGAGACCAGCAGAGAUAAGAAGAAAAUUCACAAAAAAGGGCAAUUUGGUGGAAGCAGAAACAUGUCGGAGGCCCUCCUCUUAUCGCUGAUACACAAGCUCGACAUUAAUUAUCUAAUGUAUAAACCGUAUUGGGAAAUAAAUGAGGAAAAGGAAAGGGUAAUUAAAGAGAUGAGAGAGAUUGUGGAUAUUGUGAGGGACAAGAAAUUGGAAGAGGGCAAAACCCUAAAUUUUUUAGUAUCUGACCUUGUCAACGUGAUUGAAGAUGCAGUCGACCUUUUCAAACGAGGCAAAACCUAUCAUACAUACUAUGGAUCCAUCCAUACUUGGAUUGGAGAGAUCAAAACGCGCUUGUUUAAACUGGGCGAUGAUGGGGCGGAGAAGAGAUCAUCAGAAAAUGUUGAAGAUGACAAAUAUGUGGUGGGCUUGGACGAAGAUGUGCAAAUGCUGCUUCGCUCAAAGAUUUUUGGUGGGAAAGGAUACCGUUCGAAUCCGAUUGUUGUUAUCAAAGGGAUGUGUGGUAUUGGAAAGACAACUCUUGCUAGAGAGAUAUACAACCAUCCAACCGUCGUUGAGCGAUUCGAGUGCCGUCUUUGGGUAUCUAACUCUACUGACCUCACUAUUAAAGAGCUACUUAUCAAACUAAUACAACAGGUAGAAGAUGCAGAGAAUCUCCGUACAUCUUCCUUAUUGGAGGAUAUGGACAACCGAAGUCUCCGAGAUAUGCUUUCCCAACACCUGCAAGGAACGCGAUAUUUGAUAGUUCUUGACGACGUGCCCAAACAAAUGCGCUUGAAGUCUUUCUUGGAAGCUCUCCCGCAAGAAUUCCAUGAAAGUAGGUUGCUGUUCACAAGUCACACGACGCAUGUGGACUUAGAUGUGGACGAUGAAAAUGUUCAUAAGAUGAAACCUUUGGAUUCUAAGAAGAGCUGGCAAUUGUUUUUGAAAACAAUAAACCAUGGCAAUAAAUUGACGGGUGACCACAAAUUCCCUAUGAACUUGGAGCAUAUGGGAAAACAAAUGUUGAGAAAGUGUGGCGGUCUGCCAUUAGCUAUAAAAGAGGUGGGAAAGCAGUUAGCAGAAAAGAAAGUCUCUGGUGGGAGUGAAUGGGAACAGCUUCUUGAAUCAGUUGAUUUUGAUUCAACAUUGAAGUUACUGGAACCAUUUUAUCAUAAAUUGGAUCCCAAACUGGACUCGUGUUUCUUGUCUAUGGCCUUCUUUAAGGAAAAUACUACUUUGAGGAAAGAAAAGUUGAAACAUAUUUGGUUUGCAGGGGGAGUGCUUUCAAGUACUAGUUAUUAUAACUAUGAAUCAUAUUUACAUGGUUUAACUAAUGACUCCUUUAUUGAAGUCCAGGAUAGGAGCACGUAGUAUCGCAUGAAUGUUGUGCUACACAUGCUAUCCGUCCGAAAAGCAGAGGAGAAAUUUGGUUUUGAGAUCCUAAGGAAUAAUGAAAAUAAUCGACCAUGUCAAAGUCCUCGUCAUCGUGUUAUCAUUUGUAGCAGAGACAAGUUCAACUACUCCACGGAUCAAGAUAAGCUUCUUGUUUCUCUCUUCUUCCAUGGAGGUGGCUAUUUCAACACUAGUUCGUCUUAUUGGAAGGGCUUUGAACAACUUAAGAUACUGGACUUGGAAGAUUUUGGGUUGAAGAUUUUACCGGAAAGUAUUGGCACAUUGAUUGAAUUACGAUACUUGGGAUUGAGAAACAAUUACUUGCAAGAGCUCCUAGAGUCGUUGGGGUGGUUGAAAAAGCUUGAGGUUCUUGACAUAGCUCAAAACUUUAUGGUGAAGGUGCCAGAUAUUAUACGGGAAUUGAGUAGCCUUCGCCACCUCUACUUGUUUGAUGUGAUUUUCCGGAAGCCAUUGAAGAUAGAUGUGCUUCAGAAUCUGGAGACCUUAACCUAUGUCUCGGCUGAUAAUUGGACACAUGAGCGCUCUGUCUAUGGAAAUUUGUUUAGUCUUAAGAAAUUGGGCAUUGAAGAAUUGAAUGGAAACUUAGAUGUAAGCAAGCUCUUUACAUCAUUAGUUGAUUUGAAGAAUCUUAAUCAUCUAAUCUUAAGAGGGUAUCGUUUCAGAAGCAUGCCUUGUUUGGAUGAUCUUUAUAUUUUACACAGGCUCAAAACACUCAAAUUGGAUGGAUUCCUUGCCACGCUUCCGACAAGUUUCCCUCCAUAUGUUGAAUCGUUGACGUUGGUUAAUAGCUGUCUUGACGAAGACCCGAUGCCACUACUAGAGAAGCUACCCAGGUUAACCCACCUCAAGUUGCGGAAAGCAUACACCGGUCAACAAAUGGCUAUCUUGGAACACGGCUUUCCCGAGCUUCGAGUCCUUUGCAUGGAAGAGUUAUGGAAUCUGAGAAAUGUGCAGUGUGGAAGAAAUGCAAUGUAUUGGCUCAAGAAAUUAGAAAUCCAUGGUUGUCCAUAUUUGGAUACCCUCUCGAAAGUGAUUGGGUCGAUUUUAUAUUUGAAGGAGAUAAAGAUGGUGACAACCAAAAGCAUUGCAACAAAGAUCAAGAAUUCAUACUUAGUCUCCAAUAUAGGGAUCGUGAACAUCAAUCCAUGAGCUAACGCAGUUGUUUGCAUUAUCAUUACGUACAUUUUGCUUGUUGGCAUUAAUUUAGAUAGUUUGUAGCUAGAUUUUCUUCCCUUUUCCCCCCUUGGUGGUUGCAUGUCUGUAAAUGACAUUUAGUUGCUUUGACAAUUGUGGUUUCUUCAUAUCUUGUUUCUACUCUGUUUCUCCCUCAAUGCUGGGAUAUAUUGUUUGCUGCUCAAGUUACUUCAGAUUUUUGGCAACAUGCAGACAAUAUUAUUUAAUUUAUUCUCGUCUCAGUUUACAGCU